AUGGUUCAAUGGAGGAGGUUGUUUGGUUUGGAUGCAAGCUCAGAUCAGCAUCUUUGGCGCGAUGAAGCUCGUCGUCUUCUUCCCUCAUACCAUGAAGAUGAAAUCCCCAGCGCAAUCCCACCUCUCGAAGUAACCAAAACCGCUCUCCGUCUUCGCUACCUCAUCGAAGAGACUGUGCCAUGUGAACUUGAAGAAGCAAAUGUCGUCUGCGCGCAUUCAAAAAUUAUCACUAGAAAGGUUAUUACGGCAGCGAAGGAAGCUGGUGGGAAGGAGUAUGGUGCCUGUGUGGUUUAUGCGCUGUUGGUUUGCAAGAGGUGGUUUAAGAAGCAAGCAAUGUUGGAGUUGUGGGAUGCGGAUCUGCAUAAUGUGAGAGCUGUGGCUUGUGAAGUUAUUGCGAAACAAUUGAUUGAAACGGAAGAAAAUCAGGAAUACCUUUUACAGAAUGUGCUACUGAAGAGAUACUCGAUAUUGGUAGAUGGUGAACGGACUACACCUGCGAAUGUUAUCGAAAGAGCGGUGGAUCUUCAUGCUCUACGUGUUACUGGCUCUUCUGGAUAUCAGAAAUGCGUCAAUUAUCUCUGGAGAGGAUGGCUCGUACAAGAUGAGAAUGAUCCUUCUCAGUUUGUCGAUUACAAGCAGAAAGAUAAUACACAUUACUGGACUCAUGUUGAUCCAGACCGUAUGCGCGCACCAAUAUACCAGAAUGCGACUCAAAUCAUCUUCUCCUUGAUGUACCUGGCUCUUUAUACCGGUGCCAUCAAUACAGUCAAUCCAAAAGGAGAUCUGGACAUUGUAGAAAUUAUUCUUUAUACCUUCACGGCAGGUUUUAUCUGUGAUGAGUUCAGCAAGUUUUGGAAGGUUGGAAGAAAUUAUAUUGGAUUCUGGAAUGUUUUCAAUGUAAUUCUUUACGCGCUUCUGACUACAAGUUUGGUGAUGAGGAUUAUUGCCCUGGGUCAUCCACAAGAAGAAGACAGGGAUGGGGAGAGACAGAAGUACAAUCAGCUUAGUUAUAAUUUCUUGGCUUUCUCCGCUCCAAUGUUCUGGAUGAGAUUAUUACUUUAUCUUGACUCCAUUCGCUUCUUUGGCGCUAUGCUCGUCGUUAUCAAAGUUAUGAUGAAAGAAUCUCUCAUCUUCUUCGCUCUGCUAUUUUUCAUCAUCGUUGGUUUCUUACAAGCAUUCAUUGGUAUGGACAUGGCCGAUUCUCAUGUCGACUCUGCUGCAUUCAUUCUUCAAGCCAUGGCCAAUGCUGUAAUGCAAUCUCCAGACUUCUCCGGCUUUGAUAACUUCGCUCCACCUUUCGGUAUUAUCCUUUAUUAUAUCUUCACAUUCCUCAUCAUGGUCGUUCUUCUCAAUAUUCUCAUUGCGCUUUAUAACUCGGCUUAUGAGGAUAUUACGGAUAAUGCCAUUGAUGAAUACAUGGCACUCUUCUCUCAAAAGACCAUGCAGUUCGUCCGAGCCCCUGACGAAAAUGUCUUUAUCGCACCCACCAACCUCAUUGAAAUCUUUUUUCUUAUCCUUCCAUGCGAAUGGUGGAUGCCAAGAGAACAAUAUGCAAAGCUCAAUGAUUAUGUCAUGGCAGUUAUCUAUUCACCAUUGUUGUUAAUAGCAGCAUGGUUCGAACGGAGAAGCGCAAUCAAGGUUAACGGCAAUAGGCGACGUGGUGAGGAAGAUGAUGACACAGUGGAGGAAUGGGAACAAUUAUCUGGCGAAGUAGAUUUUGAGGGAGAAGGUUGGGAAAAGACUGUAAAGAGCGUUAAACCAAAUGUUGAGUUUGAUGAAGCGACGGUGGAGGUCAGAGAGUUGAGAAAGGAAGUCGCGGAGUUGAAGGAGUUGCUGAUUACGUUGGUGAAGGAGAAGGAGAAGGAGAAGGAGAAGGAGAAGGAGAAGGAGAAGGAGAAGGAGAAGGAGAAGGAGAAGGAGAAGGAGAAGGAGGGAGGUGGUAGUGGAAGUCGUAAUGGAAAGGGAAAGGGUGCAAAGUAG